GCGGCUCCUCCCCUUUCCCGUCCUCCUUGGUUCUCCCGGCUGCUGCUGCUUCUACCGCCGUUGUCGUGGACGGACAUCAUCGCCAUGGUUGUGGCUGUUCGACAAGUGGUCUGGUACCUCUCCCUGUGGGCUCUUUGUGUCCUGAGCAAACCCACUGAGAAGAAGGAUCGCAUCCACCAUGACUCUCAGCUAAGCGACAAGGUCCAUGAUGAUGCACAGAACUUUGACUAUGACCAUGAUGCCUUUCUGGGUGCUGAGGAAGCCAAGACCUUCGACCAGCUGACGCCAGAAGAGAGCAAGGAGAGGCUGGGAAUGAUUGUAAAUAAAAUAGACGCGGAUAAGGAUGGGGUUGUGACCGAGGGGGAACUCAAGGACUGGAUUAAGAAGGCGCAGAAGAAGUACGUGUAUGACAAUGUAGCGCACCAAUGGCAGGAGUAUGACAUGAACCAAGAUGGCUUAAUCUCCUGGGAUGAGUACAGGAACGUGACCUAUGGCACUUACCUGGAUGACCCCGAUCCCGACGACGGCUUUAAUUACAAACAGAUGAUGGUGAGAGAUGAGCGGAGGUUCAAAAUGGCCGAUAAGGAUGGCGACCUGAUUGCUACCAAGGAGGAGUUCACUGCCUUCUUACAUCCUGAAGAAUAUGACUACAUGAAGGACAUUGUCGUGCAGGAAACCAUGGAGGACAUUGACAAGAACGGGGAUGGCUUCAUUGACUUGGAGGAAUACAUAGGUGACAUGUACAGCCAAGACGGAGAUGCUGAAGAACCGGAGUGGGUGAAGACAGAGCGAGACCAGUUUGUAGAGUUCAGGGACAAGAACCGCGAUGGGAAGAUGGAUAAGGAGGAGACCAAAGACUGGAUCCUCCCCUCAGACUACGAUCACGCGGAGGCAGAAGCACGGCACCUGGUUUAUGAGUCGGAUCAGAACAAGGAUGGCAAACUCACCAAAGAAGAAAUCGUGGACAAGUACGACCUGUUUGUGGGCAGCCAGGCGACAGACUUUGGCGAAGCGUUAGUACGACACGAUGAGUUCUAAGCCUCAGAACCCUCUUUCUUAAGAAAAGAAAAAAAGAAAAUAGUAAUUAUUUUUUACGGUUUCUGGAGUAACAAAAACUCUCACUACCAAGACUGGCAUUUUCAAGCAACAACGUGGAAAAACCCGACAACCUCCCGUCCUCGCUUUAUUUCUUGUUCCCAGAGGGAUGGGAGCUCAGUGUUCUGAAAAGCAACUUUCAGUUUGCAACGGGUGGGUUUUACUGUUUUAUAGAUUUGCAUGUUGUUUUACGUCUAACAAGUUCUGUUUAUUUUUGUAUUAUUUCUGUUCCGCGUGAGAUGAAGAAGGCAUAUCCUGGAACGUUAAGCCCCAGAGCAGCACUAGCUCUCCCCUCAUGCGACCCCCCCUCCCCCUUUUGGGCGCCUUUGCGUUUAGCCGCAAAAUGCCAGAGAACAAGGAGGGCCGAGGAAACGUAAAGGCCGCUGUGCCUUGAGGUUUUGUUCUUCGCCUUCAGCCUAGCCUGUGGAGCCCAGCAGAGCCCAGCUUCUAGUUCCAAUCCUAGCCUGUUCUUGUCCACCUUUUCAGUGCAGGCGAUUCCUCCAGCAUCCACCUCCCAGCUCUGAAUAGUCAGGAACGUUUGGCCAAGGCUGCGUGUUUGGGAGCCUUUAACAACAGGAGAGACGGCAUCUGCUUCUCCCCCGAACAUUCAUUCUUGGGGCUUCUGCUGCCCUUGUAGUCAACUGCAUUAAGCCCCCCCUGCAAAUGGCAUCUGUUCUAGAAGUGUGCAGGAACGGGCGUGGUUUGGCCAGUGCUGCUGCAGCCCUCUGUUCAGGGCAUUUCCCCUGGAUCUUCGCGUGUCAGGAAAGCCAAAGGCCUUCGCCGUUCCUUCUCCAGAUUAACAAUGCUGCUCAUAACCUGUAGUUUGAAACCGGGAGAAUGAGGUGGAUUUGGGACGAUGUCCUUGAAACAGCAAGCGCCUGACCUACACCUGGUUCCUCAAGACACUAGACAGUGGCCAGGUGCUGUGUGGGUGCUGAGGACCAGCAGAAUAGCAGGGGCAGUUAAACACACCCAGACAUCCUGCAUUUUUGAAGUGCCUUGAUCUUUAAAAAACCAAAUAGGUUUCCCAGUUGACGGGGAAUUUUCCCAGUGCAAAAACUUGCAUCUAAACUAACGUGGAGAGCUGCUUUUCCUGGAGGCAUAUCUGGUUGAUUCAGCAGCAGUUCAGUAUUAAGUUCCUGCUCUCUUGGUGGGUUUAAGCCCCCAGCUGCCUAGUCUGUCAGGGACGGCCUUAUCCUUACCUCAAAAGUCCAAUCACGCCCCCUCCUGCUCCUGGGUACCAGGAUGUCAUGGCGCAGGUUCUGACUUCAUCCUGUAACUCCCUUAUUUGAGGGCCAAAUACCCUGGAUUGCAGCUCCCAUCAAUUUUCCAUUUUUAGUGCCAGUUUGCAUAACCAUUGGGUUGCUUUUGCCUUGUUGCUGGGCUGACAAGGUGGGUGUCAAAUGUGGAACUGAGCUAAACCAGGGGUUCUGUGUGCAGCUCUUCGGCUUCAACCCACCAGGAACGUGAUCAGUAUUUCUGUUUCUAUCUCAGCAAAGGCUUUGGUGUGAGCUGUUUCCUGGGGAUUAUUCCUUUGAGGUGCCUCUCUGUGUUGGCCCCUUGAACACUAAAAGCCAGCCCCUCCCUCUGGCCCACUAACCUUUAAUAAUCAUGAGUUGUUUGGUAAGAAUUUCUGUUUCCUUUGAACCGUGAUGACUUCAAGGAUUGAAUGCUUGUAACACUAUCUAUCCCUGUUAAUUUCAUAAAAACUUUUUUUUUUAAAGUAACUUGAUAACAAUGAAUAGGAAAGACACUUUUAUAAAUACAAACCGAGCACUCUGUCCAGGAUUUCUGAAGAUUUGUGUGUAGUGCAGAUGUUAGCAGUCCUGAGCAUGGCUUUAUGUUGGGCUGCAAAACAGCCGAAUGUACCGGUUUCAGUAAAGUUUCUUCCAGGAAGGGAAACGCACGCUGGUGGAACGAGGAGCCCACCAACGGGGAGGCCUCCAAACAGUAGAUGCCAGCCCCCAGAGAAUUUUGGAAGGUCAGGGGGAGGAGAAGUGAACUCAUAGGGGGCUGGUGCCCCUGGCUUCCAUUACUUUAUGAACACUAAAGGCAUGUCUGCAAUGCAAGCGUCUUCCCACAUGCCCAUUUUGCACUCCUAAGCAAGAGCACCAUAUCCACAUUCAGCCUGCACUGGUCUCCAGCUUAUCUGAACUGCGGAGGGUGGGGUGAGGAGGCGUUUGUGAUCUGGGGCAGCCCCUCUGCAUGCGUAUGGCUGCUACCGGUGGAGGUGCGUUUGGGAGCCUCCAUCCACGGUUCUGCUUUUUAACACUGGUGAGCCAAAGUUUCAGCCCGCUGUCGUGCUGUGCAGGUAUGCGUGAAAACCAUCCCGCUGCGGGGAAAAAAAUCAGAGUUGAUUGCCGGUGGAGAGUUCUGUCUGGAUCGGGACAUCCUGCAGUGUCCAUCUGACUUCCCCCCCCAUAGCCUGGUGUGUUCCUUCUUUGCACAAUCUUCUAAUUAUUAAAACGGAUAUAAAGCUGGUGGUGAAAGAAACUGAAUCACAUGGCCCACCGUUUUUAGGAGGGUUUUUUUUGUGUGUGUGUGUGUGUGUGUGUGUGGAGCGGAAAUGGAGUUUUAUAUAACGUACAACAUACAGAGAAAACGGUGUCUUAAUAAAACUGUUUACAUCCC